CAUCAUGGAAUUAUUAGAAAUUUGUAACUAUAAGUGGUUUAUAUUCUUUGUGUUGGUGCUUCUUCUCAGUUUUUUAUAUGUCAACAGAUAUUUUAAAUUUUGGGAAAGGCAUAGAAUUCCUACACCAACAACCAACAUUUGGUCUUUCUUAUCAGAACUAUAUCGAUUUAUGAAUACGCCAUUGCAUUUAGUUCAAACAGAGAACUAUAAAAAAUACGGCCGACUAUAUGGUAUCUUCUUCGGUUUAAGACCACAACUUAUCGUCGCAGAUCCUCAAAUUAUUAAGAAAAUAAUAGUCAAAGAUUUUAACAUGUUUCGUAAUAGAAUGAAAUUUAAUAUUGGAAAUCCAAUAUUCGACAACGGAUUGGUUAUUUUGGGAGAUGAAGAUUGGGAAAGAAUCCGAUGUAUAAUGAGCCCAACUUUUACUAGCAGCAGAAUGAAACAAAUGGCAUAUUUAGUAAAAGAAUGUGCGGAGAAAUUCACAGAGAAUUUGAAAAAAAUGGUUUUAUCCAAUGAAAAUCAGUCUAUCGAUUGUAAGAGUUAUUUGAUAGUACAGAAAUUUAAUAUUGGAAAUCCAAUAUUCGACAACGGAUUGGUUAUUUUGGGAGAUGAAGAUUGGGAAAGAAUCCGAUGUAUAAUGAGCCCAACUUUUACUAGCAGCAGAAUGAAACAAAUAAUGAAAAUUUUCAAAGUAGAUCCUUUUGCUGGUACAAUCGACUUUUUCAAAGAAUUUGCUUUACAUGUUAUGAAACGACGUGAAGAAGAAAAGACGAAAACAGAUGAUUUUCUUCAAUUAUUAAUGGAUGCUCAGAAAGGCAUCUUAGAAAUUUCCCCAGAAGAUUCUAGUGAAACGAAUGAUAAAGAUGAAUCCAAUUUCAAAACGUUACCAAAACAUAAAACUAUGAGUUUGGAUGAAAUGCUGGCUCAAUGUAUAUUAUUCCUUUUUGCCGGAAGUGAAACAACUACCAAUACUUUAGCGUUUAUUAUAUAUCACAUGGCUUUGAAUCCUGAAUGUCAAAACAAGUUAAUUGAAGAAAUAGACGAAGUUAAUAAGAAUAAUAAAGAAAUUAACUUUGAUGUACUUUUUAAAAUGCAAUAUAUGGACGCUGUUGUCAACGAAUCGUUCAGAAAGGAACCAAUUGGAAUACAAAUGUCAGAAUCACCAGUAACAUUCACUGUUAACAGAGGAAAUAUGUAUAUAAUUCGUCUCUCUAUGAGUUUGGAUGAAAUGCUGGCUCAAUGUGUAUUGUUUCUUUUUGCUGGAAUUGAAACAACUACCAACACUUUAGCGUUUGUUGUGUAUUACAUGGCCUUGAAUCCUGAAUGUCAAAACAAGUUAAUUGAAGGAAUAGAUGAAGUUGGCAGAAAUACUAAAGAAAUUAAUUUUGACGCACUUUUUGAAAUGCAUUAUAUGGACGCUGUUAUCAACGAAACGCUCAGAAAGAAACCCGUUACAGCGCAAUUAAUCAGAGAAUGCACAGAAGAAUACGAAUUAUCUGAAAUAUGCUUUAAAGUACCAAAAGGUAUGAGUAUCGCUGUUCCUGUUUAUUCAAUACAUCACGACAGAGAAUUUUAUCCAAAUCCAGAAAAAUUCAAUCCAGACAGAUUUCUGCCCGAGAAUCGAAAUUCUAUUUUACCAUAUACUUAUCUUCCGUUUGGAGAGGGACCGAGAAACUGCAUUGGCAUGCGAUUCGCCAUUAUGGUAGUAAAAAUGCUUGUAUUUCAUUUGUUCCGUGAUUUUCGAGUUCUUGCAACGGAAGAAACAAAGAAACCUUUGGAAUUCUUUAAAGGGCAAGGCGUAAUUCAACCGAAGAAAUUAAUAGUUCAGUUAGAAAAAAGAAAAUAAAUUUUUAACUCAACA